CACCUAAAGACCUUUUGACGACCUGUCACUUGGGCUCAGCUUCGCCUGAAGCUUCUAAUAUGUUGAGAUCUCUGAACAACAACUUUUUCACGUAAACUGACAGAAGUGGAGAAGAGAUGGCCAGUUCAGCCCGAGAACAUCUGCUUUUUGUGCGCCGCCGCAACCCGCAGCUACGGUAUACUCUGAGCCCAGAGAACCUGCAGAGUUUGGCAUCUCAGGGCCCCAUGGCUGAGAACAUGAACUUGCAGCGUGCCAACAGUGACACAGAUUUAGUGACCUCGGAUAGCAGGUCUAGUUUGACAGCCAGUAUGUACGAAUACACCUUAGGGCAGUCUCAGAACCUCAUCAUUUUCUGGGAUAUUAAGGAAGAAGUAGACCCGACUGACUGGAUAGGACUUUAUCACAUAGAUGAGAACUCUCCAGCCAAUUUCUGGGAUUCCAAGAAUCGUGGAGUGACUGGCACACAAAAAGGACAAAUUGUGUGGCGAAUUGAACCUGGCCCCUAUUUUAUGGAAUCUGAAAUAAAGAUCUGUUUUAAAUACUACCAUGGUGUUAGUGGAGCCCUCCGAGCUACUACUCCAUGUAUCACUGUGAAAAACCCUGCUGUGAUGAUGGGAGUAGAAGGCACGGAUGAAGGUGCUUCUGGGGUCCAGCACUCUAGGAAGUUAGUCAGCUUUACAUUAUCAGAUAUUAGAGCAGCCGGACUUAAAAAAGGCAUGUUCUUCAACCCUGAUCCUUAUCUAAAGAUGUCCAUUCAGCCAGGCAAGAAAAGUACAUUUCCUACAUUUGCUCAUCAUGGGCAGGAAAGAAGGUCGACUAUCAUCAGUAACACAACUAAUCCUAUUUGGCACAGAGAGAAAUAUUCUUUUGUUGCACUUCUAACAGAUGUCCUGGAAAUUGAGGUUAAAGACAAAUUUGCCAAGAGUCGUCCAAUCAUCAAGCGCUUUCUUGGGAAAUUAACCAUACCAGUUCAGAGACUAUUGGAGAGGCAUGCAAUUGGAGAUGCAUUUGUCAGCUAUAACCUUGGCAGAAGGCUCCCAGCUGAUCAUGUAAGUGGGUAUCUCCAAUUCAAGGUGGAAAUUCACAUCUUUCUGCACUCUGAUGCUUCACCAGAAACAGUUGGCACUUUGCUGGGGGUGAACUCUGUAAAUGGAGACUUGGGGAGCCCCUCCGAUGAUGAGGAUAUGCCACCAGGACAUCACGAUACAUCCACCGUGUGUUCCAAUGGUCCAGUCCUUGAGGAUUCUUCUGGAGAAGCAAUCCUGAGACACCCUUUAAGGACUAGUAGAACUUUGGAAACGGACCAAGAUGAGUUGACCUCUGGUGCUUCAAGAUCAUCACCUACCAGAGGCCGCCAGGACUCACUAAAUGACUAUCUGGAUGCAAUAGAACACAAUAAUCAUCCCAGACCUGGGACAUCUGCCUGUGGUGAGCGUCCACGUGGAGCAUCCCCAAAACUGAGGAGUAGCUUCCCUACUGACACAAGACUUAACGCUAUGCUUCACAUUGACUCAGAUGAAGAGGAACAUGAGCUACAUCAAGACCUGGGGUUUCCAUCUUCCUUGGAAGACGACGGUGGUUUAGUAAUGCUUAAUGGUGCUACAAGGAAUGGUGAAAGAAAUGGUUUAAGUUACUCAUCAGAUCAGGUAAUGCAAGGACCUGCAGAGAAUGAAAACAUUUCAGCCUCUGAAGUUCCUUUGCCAUCAACUGAUGACCAGCAAGAGACUCUCCCAGAGCUUCCACCAUCACAGUUAGCAGGAAGUGAAAGCCUUCAAGGUUCUCAAAGUGAAGCACCAGCAGACCAGGCUGGCAGCGAGUCGUGUGCCGCUCAGGAGGCAGAGCAGCCUCCUAGCAGUGUGGAUGCAGGAGCUGCCGAUGCCGCUGCUGGGAGCAGAAGGGGCAUUAGUGAAACGGAAUCCACUGAUCAAGGGUCUGAACCUUCCCAGAUAUCAUCAGAAACCGAGCAGAGUGAUCCUGCUCGCACGGAAAGCGUCAGUGAGGCCAGUACCCGGCCAGAAGGGGAGAGUGAUGUGGAAGGGGCAGACAGCUCUUGCAAUGAAAGCGCGACUGUGCGACGUUCUUCAGUGGAAAUGCGGUGUUCUUCAUUUGAAAAUGCCAGGUUUCCUGAGACGCCAGCUUUUUCUUCUCAGGAGGAGGAAGAGGGAGCUUGUGCCACCGAUGCAGCUAGAACUGAGCCAGGUGCUGAAACACAGGACUCUGCAAGUACUUCCGGUUCUCUGCCUGUGGUACAGUUACCUCAGGAGGAAGGACAGGAAGCUGAGGCAGGUGAAUUACAAGACCAAGAGGAAGGGGAAGAAAUCUGGCAAAGAAGAAGCCUGCAGGCGGCUGCUGCCGAUAGCCAGUCUCAGGAUGAAGAAACUGAAGGAGCCCAAGCAGCUUGCGGGGGUGCCACAGCACAGGUUGAAGGAGCUACUGGAGGUGCUCAAGCCAAUGGCCAUCAGCCCUUGAGGUCGCUGCCUUCGGUACGUCAGGAUGUUGGCCGGUACCAGAGAGUGGAUGAGGCUCUACCACCAAACUGGGAAGCUCGAAUUGACAGCCAUGGACGGAUUUAUGUGGACCAUGUGAACAGGACAACAACAUGGCAGCGACCCCAGCCCCCCCAGCCCCACAGAUUCUCCAGAGGUCAGAAUUCCAUACAGCAAAUGGAACAGCUGAAGUCGCCGGUCCAGUUUUCUAACCCUAGGUACCAGAGCAUCCGAAGAACAAUGACUAAUGACAGGCCUGAAGAGCACACAAACGCGGUGGAUGGAGCUGGAGAGGAAACUGACUUUCACCAUUCUAAUGCAGAUUUUCGAAGAGAGAAUGUGCUGCCUCACUCUACCUCCAGAUUCCAGACUACUUUAUUGCUCCAGUCUCCCCCUGUGAAAUUCUUAAUCAGCCCAGAAUUCUUUACAGUGCUGCAUUCUAACCCUAGUGCCUACCGCAUGUUUACAAAUAACACGUGUUUGAAGCACAUGAUCACCAAAGUCCGGCGGGACACCCACCACUUUGAGCGCUACCAGCAUAACCGUGACUUGGUGGGCUUCCUCAACAUGUUUGCCAACAAACAGCUGGAGCUGCCAAGAGGUUGGGAAAUGAAACAUGACCAUCAGGGCAAGGCUUUCUUUGUUGACCACAAUUCCCGCACUACCACGUUCAUUGACCCCCGGCUUCCCUUGCAGAGCAGCAGGCCCACUAGUGCGUUAGUCCAUCGGCAGCACUUAACGAGACAACGCAGCCACAGUGCUGGUGAGGUCGGAGAGGACUCCCGUCAUUCAGGACCACCAGUUUUGCCAAGACCAUCUAGCACAUUUAAUACAGUCAGCAGAGCUCAGUACCAGGACGUGGUUCCAGUGGCUUACAAUGACAAGAUUGUUGCAUUUUUGCGGCAGCCCAAUAUUUUUGAGAUUCUACAAGAGCGUCAACCAGAUCUUACCAGGAAUCAUUCACUCAGGGAGAAGAUCCAGUUCAUCCGGACAGAGGGAACGCCUGGGUUGGUGCGUUUAUCCAGUGAUGCAGACCUUGUCAUGUUACUCAGCUUGUUUGAGGAGGAGAUAAUGUCAUAUGUGCCACCACAUGCCUUACUUCAUCCUAGUUAUUGCCAGUCCCCAAGAGGCUCGCCGGUGUCUUCGCCUCAGAACUCUCCAGGUACUCAGCGUGCCAAUGCCCGAGCUCCAGCUCCUUACAAAAGAGAUUUUGAAGCCAAGCUGAGAAACUUUUACAGGAAGUUGGAGACUAAAGGAUAUGGACAAGGCCCAGGAAAAUUGAAAUUAAUCAUUAGGAGAGAUCACUUGCUAGAAGAUGCCUUUAACCAGAUCAUGGGCUACUCAAGAAAAGACCUGCAGAGAAAUAAACUCUAUGUCACGUUUGUUGGGGAAGAAGGGUUGGACUACAGUGGACCUUCAAGAGAGUUUUUUUUCCUGGUGUCUAGAGAGCUCUUCAAUCCAUAUUAUGGUUUGUUUGAAUAUUCAGCCAACGAUACCUAUACAGUACAAAUAAGUCCCAUGUCUGCUUUUGUAGACAAUCACCACGAGUGGUUCAGGUUUAGUGGUCGAAUUCUUGGUCUUGCUCUGAUACAUCAGUAUUUGCUAGAUGCCUUUUUUACAAGACCCUUUUAUAAAGCCCUCCUCCGAAUACUCUGUGACCUGAGUGACCUGGAAUAUCUCGAUGAGGAGUUUCACCAGAGUUUGCAGUGGAUGAAAGACAAUGAUAUACAUGAUAUCCUAGAUCUCACAUUUACUGUAAAUGAAGAAGUUUUUGGGCAGAUCACAGAGCGGGAACUAAAGCCAGGAGGUGCCAACAUCCCGGUCACGGAAAAGAAUAAGAAAGAAUAUAUAGAAAGAAUGGUGAAAUGGAGAAUUGAGAGAGGUGUUGUACAACAAACAGAAAGUCUGGUUCGUGGUUUCUAUGAGGUAGUUGAUGCGAGGCUCGUGUCUGUAUUUGAUGCCAGAGAACUGGAACUGGUUAUAGCUGGAACAGCAGAAAUUGACUUGAGUGAUUGGAGAAAUAAUACGGAGUAUAGAGGAGGUUAUCAUGACAAUCACAUUGUAAUUCGGUGGUUCUGGGCUGCUGUGGAGAGGUUCAACAAUGAACAACGACUAAGACUUCUACAGUUUGUUACAGGCACAUCCAGCAUACCUUAUGAAGGAUUUGCCUCUCUACGGGGGAGCAAUGGUCCAAGAAGGUUCUGUGUAGAGAAGUGGGGGAAGAUCACUGCUCUUCCAAGGUGACUGGUAGAAGCGGGAGACCUGUUCCUGACCAUGUCGAGGAGAAAGUUGGAGAAUAAAAGCCUUUCUGGCUUGUUAGCCACGUCUCUGCACACACAGAUCAAGACAGACAAUUUCCACAAUUUUUAUAUGCUUGAAUCGAAAGAGCUGGGAAGAGGAAAAUGUGCUGUGGUUAGAAAAUGUAUAGCUAAAUCCACAGGCCAAGAGUAUGCAGCUAAAUUUUUAAAGAAAAGAAGAAGAGGUCAAGACUGCAAAGCAGAGAUUCUUCAUGAAAUUGCUGUCCUUGAAUUAAUGAAAUCUAAUCCUCGCAUAGUUAAUCUCCAUGAAGUCUAUGAAACAGCAAAUGAAAUCAUCUUAGUGUUGGAAUAUGCUGCUGGGGGAGAAAUAUUUGACUUGUGUGUCCCAGAUCUGGAUGACAGAAUUGGGGAAAGGGAUAUUGUAAGACUUAUAAGACAGAUACUUGAAGGACUUCGCUGCUUGCAUGAAAACAACAUUGUUCAUCUUGAUUUAAAGCCUCAGAAUAUUUUGCUGAGCAGUGUCAAUCCUCUUGGUGAUGUAAAAAUAGUAGAUUUUGGUAUGUCUCGGAAGCUUGAGAAUUCUAGUGAACUACGGCAGAUCAUGGGAACAACAGAGUAUCUAGCUCCAGAAAUCUUAAACUACGAUCCCAUUACCACAGCUACAGAUAUGUGGAACAUAGGUGUAAUCUCAUACAUGCUGCUGACGCAAGAAUCUCCAUUUGUUGGAGCUGAUAAUCAAGAAACUUACCUUAAUAUAUCUCAAGUUAAUGUGGAUUAUUCAGAAGAAACAUUUUCGUCAGUUUCACAGCCUGCCAAAGACUUCAUUCAAAAACUUCUCAUAAAAAAUCCAGAGCAAAGACCCACAGCAGAGGCCUGUCUUUCUCAUUUGUGGUUGCAGCAAGGGGAGUUCACACUCUUGUGUAGCCCUGAAGAAACUUGCUGCUCUUCUCUGAUGCCAGGACACACCACAAAAUGUUCAGAAGAGCGGAAUGUAAAAUCUAGUUGUAAUGGUACCUGUAGCAACAAGGAAGACAAAGAAAACAUACCAGAGGACAGCAGUAUGGUCUCCAAACGCUUCCGUUUUGAUGAUUCAUUGCAGUAUCCCCAAGACUUCAUGACAGACUUCAUAUGUUAAUGUGUAAUAUAGACUUUUAUAAAAUGAAUUUAGCAUAAUCUGUUCCAGUGGCGAAUGUAAGAUUAUGGCUUGCCAAUUCGUGCAGCAUUGGCAUACUAGAAAUGCACUUUGAUUCUUUUAUGCUGGUGCUUCCUUUUCUAUCCAUUGCUGGCAAUGGAUUUAACCCCUGAAAAAUUGGGGUUGUGGCGCCACUAAAAUGAAUUAUUUUUUGUAAGAAGAUUUAAUUAAAUAUUUUUGCACUUUUCAAGUUUUAGUCCAAAAAUGAUGCCAGAGUGAACAAACUAAAACCUGAAAAUAAGUUUGUUUAAACUGAAGCUUUGCCAAACAGUGGUUGCAUACACACACGCUUUUCUGACUGGCCUUAAGAAAUUGAUCUAAGCAGGGAAACUGAAUCUAGCUGUUUUACUGGGCUUACUGGUGACCAUUCUCAUCACUUUAAAUGGAAGCUGAAGUUGGUAUGUUUUGGGAAUGCGGUACAUCUGUUGUGGCCAUUUGCAAAACUACGUUCUAGGAUCAUUAGUAGUUAAGGAAAUGUUUCUGCCUUAUAGAUCUGGUCUGCUUAGGAAUUAUAAUGCACACUCUGUGUGUUUUCCAACAGGAAACUGAGUUGGAUUUCUGCAAUGCUUGAAUAGAAAAUGGGUAGAUUGUCAGUCCAUGUGCUAGUGGUCCUUUGCUCCUUAUCAGUAAGUUAUAUUUGGAGAGGAUGAGGGUCCCACGCUGAUGUGAAUAUUUGAUAAACUAGUUUGCUUUCAUAAAACCUCUGAAAUAGUAUUGUCUACCUAUAUCGACCUAUUCCUCAUCUUAAAAACAAACAAAAACCCCAAGCAAGCAAGCAAACAAACCAACAAAAAAACCCAAACCAAAAAGCUUCUUUAGAGUUAAAAGUACUAACUGAAUAAACUGAAAAUAACAAUUUUUGCCAGUGAAAGUGCAAUUAAAAGUUUUUCAUUAUGCCCCUCUAAUGCAGAAGUGCAGUGCAUCUUUCUGUCAGUUAUUGUUAUCCAUAAUAGUUUACCUUCAUGCCCGCUCUGAGAAACGGACUGCAGUGUGCUAGUAUUUAAAGACAAACUACCUAAUAAUUGUUUUAAGCCUUUAAAUUUAGUUUGUUUAUUGGUUUUGUUGUGUUGGAGGGGGGGAUGUUGUUGGGUUUUGUUUUGUUGUUUUUAAUUAUAUCCUUUUCACUUCCUGUUUCUAGGCUCUGAGGAAGUAAUGCCUAUGUCAAUUUUAAGCAAAUACCAAUCAUGCCUUAACAGCCUGAAACUAAUACUGACAAGAUAAAAUCUUAAUCAUAACACUGAGGCUGGAAGUCUUUUUGUGUAGGGAAUGUAUUAAAACUCUUGUAAAUAUUUUAAAAGUAAACAGCACUUUAAAAUACUUCUGGGAUUUUCCACUCCUCAGAGCUUAGACUUAAUUGUCUUUGAUUUGGAUUUGGUUUGUUCUGUGUAAUAAAGUAUCACAAUCUGAAGUGUGCCUGUGGGCUUGUCAAUAGUUAGGCAGGUUGAGGUUCUGGAACAACAUAGGAUUGAGGUGAACAUAAUGAAAGGUAAAAGGUUGUAUUUUAUCUUUCUUCACACAAGGAAGGAACAGGGUUUUUUUUGCCAAGAGAUUUCAAUAUAAGGUAUCACCAUAAAGCAUGGGGGAAUUCAGGACUGUUGUCUUUAUUUUAGGUGACACUCAUGUUGACAAGUGAAAAGUUGACUGAGGUGUAAGGCAUGUAAGACUAUUUCAGCUUACUUUUGUCAGAAGUAAAAGUUUUCCACGACUUAAUCUCACGUGAAAGGAAGUAACGAAUAUAUUCAGCACAUAUGAAGCUCAGAUGCCUAGGUACAAAUGAACCACACUGAGUCUCCUCUAUGUAUUACUUCUCAUGUAACUUUUUUUCAGUGAUACUGAUAAUAUAUACUAAGUGACUUUGCUGGAGGCAGUUGCUGAAUCAUAUUUAGGUACCUUAUACCCUUACUUUUCAAAGGCCUUGGCUUUUCCCAGUGGAGUCUUAACCUAACCUUUUAUUUUUUCCACCAGCAUGGAGUCCAAUUUGAACUGGGUAAAUUAAAAAUACAAACUUCUGUACAUACUAAGAAGUUAAAUUUCAUUUAAGGAAGAAAAUGUCAAAAGCUGUGACAGGUGAAGGUAGAAAAGAAUGUUUAUAAAAUUUGUUACAUUUUAAAAUACGUUACAGAGCUGAAAUUCCAACUGGGAAGCUUGUGAAAGUCUUUGUACAUUAGUAUUCUAUUUUUAACAUCUGGAAAAUAAAGCUGAAAACAUAUACCAGCACUUUAUGACAAAGUUGUUGUUAUUAAGAUUUUUAUCAUGGUAUCUGAUGUUUACAUUUCUUACUACUUUUCGAGCUAAUCUUUAAAUAAAUGAAAAUUGGUCUUAUCCAAAGAACUUAAGUUUUGAAGACUUUAUUUGUACUUUACAUAAACUUAAAAUAUACCUUGAAUCAGAUUUUCUUUGGAUCACUGCAUUUAUUUUAAAGUAUUAUUGUUCAUGCAAACUUCAAGUGAAUGUAAAUACAUACAUUGUAGACAAUUGUUAGCCCAUCUUGCUUCCUGCCAUAUUACUGGGAAUUACCAAGUGUGAAUGAGUGAUGAGUAACAUUUUAAGAUGAUUGAAGUCAUAUUUCUAUGCAGUUCAUGACCUUUUUAUAUAACAAAAAACAAAAUAAACCUUGUCUUUUUUUCAAAA